AUGCGUGCCUGCCGUUCGGCACGAGAGGUGAGUGAAAACUCGACCCAUGCGUGCCUGCCGUUCGCCAGGAAAGUUGUGCUUGUUCUCAAAGAGGGGAAGAAUGGAGAAGUCGACAUGUCGAAGUGUAGGCGCAAGUGGGGAGUGGAGGGCGCUUGGGAUCCCCUGUGCAUGGGUGACACGUGUCAGCAAGGCUGCGAAGAGUUGCGACGUUUCGGUUCCCGAUGCUAG